CUCCGGCCACAUUGGAAUGGCGAUGCUGAUGUUUCUAAACGCGGAAUUUGGGCCAGAUGACGCUGUCGAGUGCAGUAAGAUCGAGUCAGCGCUUCGAUCGCUGAAGCUGCUCGAGUACAUUUGCCGUUCCGAAGGAGGUAUACUGAGCCCUGAAGCUAUUUGCAAAAUGGUCAAUACUGAAAACCUAUCGGAUGACAUGGUGAACACAAGUCUGGAAGACGUUGCUUAUGGUAAAGUCAUGUUACCAUCGUCAGCAUUUUGGAGAACUUCUCGCAUCGAGGCACUGGAGAGUUUGACUCGCUACGGCUUCCUCUACGCUGAGGACAGUCAGCAUCUACACUUUUCGUCGAACAUGCACUUGAAGAUCUGGUUCUACUUCACAUCAUUGACGGCGAGUCUCAGGCCAAAAAGAGGAAAGUGUGGGUGCGAUGUAUAG